AUGCCCAAGGAAGUCGAGGGAGAGAAUGCGGCAGCGACCGAUGCGGACCUGACGCUUCAGUCGCUCUUCCGAGUGGACAACAAAGUGGUUCUGGUUACAGGUGGCGGAUCUGGCAUCGGUGCCAUGAUUGCCUCUGGAUUCGUGCAGAAUGGCUGCCGCGUGUACAUUGCCUCCCGGAAGGAUACUUCAAAGUAUGCUGCCGAACUGACUUCCAAAGGACCAGGUUGCUGCACAGCUCUCACCUGCGAUAUCAGCAAAUACGAUCAACAAAAGAUCUUGAUCGAUUCCAUUCAAAAAGCUGAGGGGAAGCUGCACAUCUUGGUCAACAACAGCGGGACAAACUUCAAUGCACCCCUGGGAAAGUACAGCCCAGAGAUGUUCGAAAAGGUUAUGCAGUUGAACACCAAUGCCGUGUUUGCUUUGACACAGUUGGCUGUGCCCUUGAUGGAGUCCUCAACUUCAAGGGAUGAUCCUGGCAGAAUAGUCCACAUCUCUUCCGUGAACGGCCUGCAGACUCCGCUGAUCGACACUUUUGCGUACAGCUCCAGCAAAGCUGCUGUGGUCAUGCUCUCCAAGCACCUUGCGGGAGCUUUGGGUCCACGACACAUCACGUCCAACUGCAUUUGCCCUGGGCCCUUCAUGUCGCGGAUGAUGCGAGGGACCAUCCAGGCUGUCGGUGAGGACGGCAUCGCUGGCAGCACAGCUCUUUCCCGGUUAGGGUUGCCUUCCGACAUUGCAGGUGCCUGCCUUUUCCUUUGCAGCCGCGCUGGCUCUUUCGUCACGGGCACCGAGUUCGCCCUUGAUGGCGGUUCGCUGGUUAGUCGUGCUCCGAAGAGCAGCUACUGA